AUGCGGCUUCAGACAAAAGAGCCAAAGCUUAUGCCUAUACAAGAUGUUCGGACACGGUGGAAUUCAACGUUCCUUAUGCUCCGGCGUGCUAAGCGGUUACAGUCUGCCUUUGAUGAUUUCUGUGUCCAGUUCAACCUUACUGAUAUGAGGAUGGACGGAGAUGAAUGGCGACAAGUUGACUAUCUUCUGUCAAUCACCUAUCCCUUCUUCAAAUUCACCUCGUCUCUUUCAGCAACUACAGAUGUGACCAUUCACAACGUCUUUGGUAUCUAUAACGCCCUGUUCACCCACAUUGAUAAGGCGAAAGCGCAGCUCGCGCGGAAGAAGGUUGGUUGGAAGAGGGUGAUGAAGUCCGCGCUCGAUCGUGCGCGAGAUAAGCUUACCGAGUAUUAUGGAAAGACUGAUGAUAUCCCUGGUGAUCUCUAUGCAAUUGCGACUAUCCUGGCGCCACGGAACAAGCUAGAGUUCUUUACAACAUCAGAAUGGGAACCUCACUGGGGGCCACGCUAUAAGAAGUCGCUAGAGGCUUAUAUUCAGCCUUACCGGCAGCGCUACGAAGAGACACAGUCUACAUCAACUCUCCAGGCUAUAAGUCAAGACGUCUCUGAUAUUGACAUCCUUCUGAGAUCUACUGUAUCUCUUCAGUCAAAAGCGACGGCUUCAGAUGAGCUUACACGGUAUCUUGGAAGUACUGUUGAAGCAACGCCUCUCGUUUUCUGGAAAGAACACCGAAAUGAAUACCCUAUUCUGGCAAGCCUUGCCCGAGACGUCCUCACAACACCCGCUAGUGGUUCUGGCGUUGAGCGGUUGUUUAACUCUGCCCGUGAUAUCUGUCAUUAUCGCCGGGGCUCAUUAAAACCGCAGAUAAUUAAGGAAUUGAUGUUGUUUAUGUGUACAACAAAGUUCGACGUGGAGUCAGAGCAGCUUGCCCUGAUUGAUGAGUAUCUUUCUACGCAAGAGAAGCAAGCAAAGAAAGAGCAGAAGGAUGCCCAGAAGAAAGAGGAAGAAUUUGAUCCAAUCAGUGAUGAUGAAGAGGACCUAUCUAAUUCUGAAGCUUCUGCCGAAACUAUCCAAAAUCCUAAUGCGCGAGCCCUUGGAAAGAGAAGGGCUAUAUCGGAUCAGCUAAUUGAACUCGAGGAUGAUGAGGUUCCCCUGCCUGAUAAUAGCCACUUGGAAGAAGAAAGGACUACUCAGAGGCGUUCCUCUGGGCGUGUUCCAAAGCGCUUGAGACAGGAUGAGGAUUUUGUAUAUCUUUAA